GUUUUUAGCUUCUCACAUCUUUCUUUCUACAAUAUCAAACUACUCUUCAUCGGCCUCUUAUCUAGCAAAGUGAUCUCAAUGGAAAACUCAGCACUAAGCAACUGCGUGAGGCGAACAGUAUUCUCUAAUCAACAGAGAACAAUACAAGAGGGUCUAGAAGAGAGUAGUUGGACAAUGUACAUUGAAACCCAAGAUGGAUUAGGCCAUAACGAUGAUUCUUCGAUGAUGUCAGAUGCUGCGUCUCCUAUGGGAUCUGUCGAAGAAGACACGGCUUCAUCUCCUUCUAACAGAACCAAGGGUUACAGUGAAAUGGAAGACAAUACGAUAAAAGUAAAAACCGUGAUGAACAUUACUAAAACUGAGGAGAAAGGACUGAGUAAAAAUGGGAUAAUAUAUGAAGAAUAUUGCGCAGAAUUGAAGAAGAGAGGACUUUGUUUAGUCCCUUUGUCGAUGUUGUCUAACUAUAUUGGUUGACAAAAAACUUCGAUUGUGUUUUUGAAUAUCAUAUCUUUUCUCUUUUUUUUUUUUGUGAUUAUUUAUCUUUUCUGAUUCUUUUCUAUAAAUUAAAUCUAUAUAUUGAAUGGACGACUAAGUAAAUGUAGUGAAAAUGAAGAGUGGAUUAUAUGUAUUAUUAUUUGUAAUUGUAUGUAUAAAAUGCACCAAGGCAAAAAAGUGCGAGGUAGAUUCAAUUGACAGUAAUGAAGACUUGUAAAUCAUUUUCUGAAACAUGUGCA